UCUUCGGCGACGGAUCACUUGGUGUCACACAAUUAGUUGUCCGUCAAGCAUAGUAGUUGAGAAACAUAGGUAUUGAUGUAAAUUAAGUAUUAUUUUCUUACUAAUACCUGUAUUGUGAAUCGUUUUGAUGGACUGCUUGGAGCAGAAAGAUACUGAAGCGACGGCGCCGUCAGUUAUCGACCGAUAUUACACACGCUGGUACAGAGCAGAUAUGAAGGGGAACCCGUGUGAGGACCAUUGCAUCCUACAGCAUUCAAACAGACUGUGUGUUAUCACGUUAGCCGAGACUCACCCAAUCCUUCAGGAUGGGCGGUCAAUCAAAAGCAUCAACUACCAGAUCAGUGACGGCUGCAGUCGGCUGAACAAUAAAGUGUCUGGGAAGUCCAAGCGGGGGGGUCAGUUCGUUACUGACUUUGCACCUUUGUGUAGGAUAACAUGCACAGAUGAAACUGAAUACACAAUCUACAGCUGCAUCCGAGGCCGUCUUCUGGAGGUCAAUGAGAGUAUUUUAAAAACACCCUCUCUCUUGCUGAAAAAGCCCUUCACUGAUGGGUACAUCGCUGUCAUCUUGCCAAAGUUUGAGGAGAGCAAGACCAUCACAGAGAAUCUUCUGAGCAGAGAGGAGUUCGAGAGCAUCGUCUCCAAACGUUCUGUUGCCGAAUCUCAACCAUCAUGAAAGAGUUCUACUUGUUUAAGUUAAACCCGCUCUGUCAGUCCUGCCGGGUUGGGUAAAGACUGAAUCCUGGAAAGAGACUCGCAUGUGGUCAAAAGGAAUACUGCAUUUAAUGCAAGCUUCGCCCUGUGCCUCUUUACUCUUAUUGUUUUCUUAUGUUUUAGAAUGAAGGAGGUUUCAGAAGGCACUUUUUUUCAAGUUUGAAGAGGAAAGCAUGACAAAGUACUUGGAUUCUGUUUGUAUAAUACCAGAAACAUAUAUACUUGGGUUGAAUUAUUUUUCUAGAAUGUCAUUAAACAAAAACAGCAGUAAUUUAAGAAAAAA